AUGCUUGACGAACAUUUAAUUAGGACCAUUAACAAAUUGCAAGAUGCUCUUGCCCCUCUCGGUGGAGGAUCAACAUCGCCAAUCGACCUUCCUCAAAUUACUGUUGUUGGUUCCCAAUCUUCAGGAAAGUCAUCUGUGCUUGAAAAUAUCGUCGGAAGAGAAUUUUUACCUAGAGGUUCAGGUAUUGUUACCAGAAGACCAUUAAUUUUGCAGUUGAUUAACAGACGCGAUCAUCUGGACAACCAUCUCACUCCAGAGGAGAAGGCAACCAUAAAGCCAACCCUGUCUGAUGGAAGACCUUCAGAGGACAGCGAUCAAGAAUGGGGUGAAUUCUUGCAUUUGCCUGGAAGAAGAUUUUUCUGCUUUGAUAAUAUUAGAAAGGAAAUCGUUAGGGCUACUGAUGCUACUGCUGGUUCAAAUGCUGGUAUCUCGUCUGUCCCAAUUAAUUUACGUGUUUAUUCGCCACAUGUGUUAACUUUGACUUUGGUUGAUUUGCCAGGUCUCACAAAAGUCCCCGUCGGUGAUCAGCCAAAGAAUAUUGAAAAGUUGAUUAGAGAUCUCGUCUUGAAAUUCAUUUCCAGACCGAAUGCAAUCCUUUUGGCAGUCAACGCGGCGAAUCAAGAUUUGGCAAAUUCCGAUGGUCUUAAACUGGCAAGAGAGGUCGAUCCCGAAGGAAUCAGAACUAUUGGUGUUCUUACCAAAGUUGAUUUGAUGGAUGAAGGUACGGAUGUCGUGGAUAUACUUGCUGGAAGAGUCAUUCCUUUGAGAUGUGGUUACGUUCCUGUUGUGAACAGAAGUCAGAAAGAUAUAGAACAUCAUAAAUCUAUUCGUUCUGCCUUGGAUGAUGAACGAAAUUUCUUUGAGAAUCAUGCUGCCUAUAGCUCAAAGGCACAAUAUUGUGGAACUCCAUACUUGGCUAAGAAGUUGAGUAAUAUUCUUAUGAAUCAUAUACGAGCAACGUUGCCUGACAUUAAACUCCGUAUUGAAACUGCUUUGAAGAAGUAUCAGCAGGAGUUGGAUGCAUUAGGACCCGAAAUGGCCGAAUCGCCAAGUUCUAUUGUUUUGAACGUUAUUACUGAUUUCUGCAACCAAUACAGCGGUAUAAUUGAUGGCCAAACGAAGGAUGUCAGUACCAAUGAAUUAAGUGGCGGAGCCAGAAUCAGUUUUGUCUUCCAUGAGAUUUUCAAAAAUGGUGUUUACGCAUUGGAUCCAUUUGAUCAAAUUAAGGAUGCCGAUAUUCGUACCAUCAUGUACAAUUCCUCUGGAUCGUCCCCAUCGUUGUUUGUGGGUACUCAGGCAUUUGAGGUUCUGGUCAAACAGCAGAUACAUCGUUUUGAAGAACCUGUCCUCAGAUGUAUCACGUUAGUCUAUGAUGAAUUAGUUAGAAUUCUUUCCCAGAUACUCUCUAAGGGCGAUUUUACAAGAUACCCUGCACUGAAAGACCAGAUAUCUCAGAUAUUCAUAUCCUACUUGCGUAAUAUUGUUAUUCCUACAAAUACAUUUGCUGUGGAUAUUGUGAAAUCUGAAGAGACGUACAUUAACACAGCUCAUCCAGAUCUUUUGAAAGGUCCUCAGGCGAUUAACAUUGUUCAGGAGAGGAUGCAUCCACAAAAGAUUCAGGUUGAUCCGAAGACUGGAAAGCCACUUCCCCAACAGAAGCAACAUGCUGAGGUUGUCACAAGUAAAUCUUCUUCUUCCUUCUUUGGUGGAUUCUUUCAGUCUAAAAAUAAGAAGAAGCUUGUCACAAUGGAAGCACCACCAAACGUUUUGCGUGCUACUGGUCAGAUGACAGAGAGAGAGGCUCAAGAAACAGAAGUGAUUAAGCUUCUCAUUCAAUCUUACUUUAACAUAGUGAAAAAGAACAUUGCAGACAUAAUACCAAAGGCAGUCAUGUUGAAAUUAAUACAGCAGUCUAAAAGCGGAAUUCAAAAGGUACUCUUGGAGAGCUUGUACAACAACAAGGAUAUUAAUUCUUUGGUUCAAGAAAAUGGCAUUACUGUUGCCAGGAGGAAGGAGUGCAGGAAGAUGGUGCAAGUUUUAGAAAAUGCUUCCCAAAUUGUUUCGACUGUCUGA